ACUAGUUAAUUACUAUUAUUUAGUGUUGUAUAUUUUGCUGUGAUUUCUUUCGGUCGCUUCUCUGGCUUUACUCUGCAUAGCCAGACACAAAGAUAUGGUCAUCACAAACUUCAACGGAGCCGGCGUCGGAUUUGGUUUCGGUGUAGGUUGCGGUUUCGGGGUAGGAUGGGGCUUCGGAGGUAUGCCAUUGAACUUUUUGGGUCUUGGUGUAGGUGGAGGCUGUGGCGUUGGAGUAGGACUUGGUUGGGGUUUUGGGACUGCUUUUGGUAGUAAGUAUCGGUCAUCACGGAUCACAUUUCAAGGAGUGGAAUUUGAUAAUAAAGAGAAAGGUAACAGUACAGAGAUCUCUAAACCCAGCCCAGAACUAAGCCAACACAAAUCCAAGAAAGACUGUUGGCUUGUGAUCAAUGGCAGAGUGGUGGAUGUCACAAAGUUCUUGGAGGAACACCCUGGAGGGGAAGAGGUGCUGCUAGAGUUUGCUGGGAAAGAUGCAACGAAGGAGUUUGAUGCUAUUGGACACAGUAGUGGUGCUCAAAACUUGCUCCUCAAAUACCAAGUAGGUGUCCUCCAAGGUGCCGCAAUUCAAGAGGUUGACUUAAAGGAUGUUACGGACAAGGAAUCUAAGAGCCAAGAGAUGAGUGCUUUCGUGGUCAAAGAAGAUGCCAUGUCCAACUCUGUGGCAUUUUACGAGUUCUUUGUUCCAAUUCUUGUUGCCACUCUCUAUUUUGGUUACCGAUGCCUCACCAGAGCAGACCCUAUUACUUACUAGAUCAUCAUCUUAUUGAAAGUCUCUUUCUGAAUGUGAUUGUACUGCUUAUAUUCGCUUUUAAUUGAGAGUUGAUAUCUUUCUUUCGCUAGGUUCAUAAAAUAUGGGUUCAACGGGGAAACCUUUUUGUGUUUGGAACUCUUUGAAAAUAAAAGUAAUUCGAUUCAGUUACUU